AUGUCCUUUCCCAUUAAGUUACUAAAUAAUAAAAAGGCACUAAGAGUAAAUAAGGUCAAGGAUGAAAAGGUGUUGAAGAUCAAGAGGGAGUGUGAUCAAUAUUAUGACUGGUAUAGAAGUACAGGUUCUCAAGUAUUUAAAGACAUGCUCACAGUGAAAAAGAAAAGAUUAAGACAGGCCUUAAAGGAAGCUAGGUGUAAAAAAACUGAAGAUAUAAUACUAACAUCUGAAAAUAAGACACGUGCAAUGUGGAAUAUGAUUAACAGUCAGUGCAACAGGAAAAUGACUUCACAGGCUGAAGGCAGUAAUCUGAAUGCUGCACAGUUAAAUACAUUCUUCACUGAGAAGGUGCAAGAAAUAAUAAAGGUGAUUGGCACUUCCAAUAUAGCCACUGAACAUAAAUACUACCUGAGAAACACUGCAAAGCCUGAAAGUACAUUUAGCUUUAAACUGGUCAAGGUACAGGAUGUUACUAAUAUACUGAGGAAAAUGAAGAACAGUUUUAGUAAUGACGUUUAUAGUUUAAGUUCAGCCAUGUUAAAGUGUGAUUCAGUUAAAUUGCCAGAAUUGAUAACACGUGUAGUAAAUACAUGUAUUUUGGACGCUCAGUUCCCAAAGGCACUAAAGUUUGUUAAAGUCACUCCAAUACACAAAAAAGGCAGCCUCUCAAGUUCUGAUAAUUUUAGGCCUGUUUCAAUUGUGCCAAUCUUGUCUAAAGUGAUAGAAGCUACAUUAAAUAAUCAAAUAGUAAAAUACUUUGAAGAAAACAAAAUCUUCACUGAUAGUCAAUUUGGCUUCAGAUCAGGGUUAGGAACUGUUAAAUCUGCCUGA